UCCCAACCUUUCUUUCCUGAAGUUCGCAGACAGAAAGCAUCUUGCCAACCGCUUGCCAUCUAACCCAAAACUCGGUACUCUGCCUAACAGAAACAUUUCAGGAUAGGACUAACAAGACCUGAAUCAGAUCUUUACUUUCGGUGUAGCAACUCCAUAAACUCAUUUCUACAUUUUGCGCUACAAAAGCUACUGCGCAAAUGGCAUCCGAGAUUUUAGUUGCACCAUCGCAGCACUUGCUGACUCAUUCCCGGUUUUUGGUGACUUUGCGGUCACAGGAAGGCAAAUACCGUUCCUUGAUCAUCUUUCGUCUAUCUACUUCUCGAGAUGUACCCCAUGAUGAAGACUCGGAACUCAAUGACAAGAACGACCAACAGCUAUACGCUAUGGAGGCCCACUGUCCUCAUCUAGGUGCAGACAUUUCCCAUGCUGAUAUAGAAGAUUGCGACGACAAUUUGAUACUCGUUUGCCCGUGGCAUCGGUACGAUUUUGACUUACGGACGGGGCAUAGUGACACCGGAAUGAAAGCCUGCACGUAUACUAUUGAAGUCAGAGGGAAUGAGAACGGGCUAGAACUACGUCCAGUCUCGGAAGCUUUUGCGGAUCCGCCUCCGCCUCCACUGGAUCUCAGCCAUCUCUUCUUAUCAUCUGCCGAAGCCACAACUCCAGCCGAGCCGGAGGAAGUUGUGCCUGCAGAAAAUAUGCCGACUACAUUAGUGCAAUGGGCAGUGCUAAUUCUCAACACGGCUGAUCCAGCUCUAAAGGUGCAAAGAACGAGGCAUGCCGUGAACCUCUUCCGAACGGGGCAGCUAAAAUCAAUCGGACAUCGAGCCUCAAAUGUACCUCGGCCGCCAGAGAUUCCACCACGUGUUGAGUCAUAUGCCAAGAAUACAGUGGAUCCGACUAAAGUGGCAAGACGGAAAAAUCGUGCUGUCAUGUUACACGCGCUAGCCAACAUAGAGCAAUGGGCAAUCGAUCUUGCAUGGGACAUCAUCGCACGAUAUGGCCCGGAACAUCCUGAGCUACCCCCUGCGUUCUUCUCAGAUUUUACUAAGAUGGCGCUUGACGAAUCAAAGCACUUCACCCUCUUGACAGCUCGACUCUCAGCUCUAUCGACGACAACGCCCUACGGCUCACUGCCUGUACAUGCCUCGUUGUGGGACUCAGCUCGAGCGACUUUCUCUUCGCUUCGCGCCCGUCUGGCUAUCAUUCACCUUGUACAUGAGGCCCGUGGUCUUGACGUUAACCCGGGCACUAUUGAAAAGUUUAGACGAGCGAGAGACUCCGAGAGCGUCGAUGUCUUGGAGAUAAUUCAUGCCGAUGAAGUGACGCAUGUUACUGCUGGACAUCGAUGGUUUACUUGGAUGUGUGACCGUCAAGGUGUCAACCCGGUGCAGACAUUCAGGGAAGAGGUGCGAAAGGGCUGGAAAGGUGACAUCAAAGGUCCUUUCAAUAAGGAGGCAAGAGAGAAGGCCGGCAUGACACCUGAAUUCUAUGUGGAUUUACGCGGCGGGGUGGACGGAGAGAGGGCAGGCUUACCAGUACGGGACCCCAAACAGGAUGAGGUCCCAGCAAAGACUGUUACGCCUACUGUCGACAUACACUGGUCAAGCCGUAGAUAACCUAAAUUACUGACCGAUAAUACGAGAAAUAAAAAAUAACUGGCGAUACAGGUAGUGCUUGU